AUGCCGAUGCACCAGGGCUUCCUCCCGCGCGAGGGCCUCACCGCCGACCCCAUCUUCCGCCUCAUCGCCCGCACCGCCCUGAACCCGGCUUUGAUGUUGCCGCUCCUGCUCCUCGCCCGCUACACCAAGAAGGGCGGCGACCUCGCCAUCCUGCACCCCACAGCCUUUUCCCGCGUCAAGCUCCUUGCCUACUGCGCCCUCACGCGAUGGGCAAGCAGCUGGCUCUCGCGGCGCGUGCUGAACGGCUGGUCCUCCGACCAGUAUGACUGGCGCAGGGAGAUCGUCCUUGUGACGGGCGGUGCUGGCGGAAUUGGCGGACACAUUGUACAGUUUCUAGCUGAGCGUGGUAUUACUGUCGUAGUGUUGGAUAUCCAAAACCUGACCUUCACAGCCGGCUCCAAUGUACACUACUUUAAGUGCGACAUCACCUCAACCGAGAAGCUCGCUGUCGUGGCCAACGAGAUCCGUGCCAAAGUCGGCCACCCGACGGUGCUCAUCAACAACGCUGGCGUGGCGCGCGGCAAGACGGUGCUUGACUCGACGGAGCACGACGUCCGCUUCACCUUCGAUGUCAACACGCUCUCGCACUACUGGACGACCAAGGAGUUCCUCCCGAACAUGGUGAAGAACAACCACGGCAUGAUCGUGACGGUUGCGUCAUUUGCGAGCUUCCUAUGCGUUCCCAACAUGGUCGACUACGGCUCCUCCAAGGCCGCCUCCAUGGCGUUCCACGACGGGCUCUCGGCCGAGUUGAAAACCCGCUACAACGCGCCGCGGGUGCGCACCGUGCUCGUCAACCAGGGCUACACCAAGACACCGCUCUUUCAGGGGUACCAGCAGGGUUUCGGGUACAUCCUCCCGGAGCUCGAGCCCGAGACUGUCGCAGAGGCAAUCGUGAAGCAGGUCCUCAGCGGCGAGAGCGGCAACGUCGUUCUCCCGGCGUACGGCAACGCGAUGGUGGCGCUCAGGGCGUUUCCGUAUUGGUACCAGAGCAUGAUGGGGGCUCAGUCGGUGAGGCUGAUGGCAAAUUUUUCAGGGAGACAAGUCAUCAAGGACGUGAAGGGGUUUUACGACGAGAAGGUGAACGGGUCCGAGGGCGAGCAGGAGAGGCCCGAGGAGAGCACCAUACUCGUAGAGCAGGAGCCCAUUCCGGAAUCGAGCAGUCCUGAGUAA